GAUUGAAGUUUGUUUGACUUGUUUUGUUGCUUGUUUGCCGUUUGUUUCGGUUGUUUCUUUGAUUCUUUCUUUCUCUUCUGCAGUGGAAAUUAUUCUGUAAUGGUGUGGUAUCCUUUUCUGUAAUAAUGUAUGCUUAUAUUGGUGUGUAUUUAAAAGGGAAUGAUGGAAAGUGCGCAAUCCAAUGACUGUAAUAGAAUUCGAGAUGUGGAAAAUGCAGAUUCUGUUGAAGUGAAUGCUGAAGCCAGUCCUACCGCAGUGAAUUCAUUAAUUUUGGACUAUUACAAGAAAUUUGGGAGAAAAAGAGAUUUGGAACAAUAUUUUUCGUUAUCAACGGCGCAUGGUGAAAUCAGGGACCCUACGGGUUUGUUUUGGAGGAGAAUGAAAUCUCAAAAUGAGUCGUCAGAUUCUGGUGACAAAAAAAGUGAAUCCUCCACGGAGUUGUGCAGAAUAUCCAUUAAGUGUUCUUUGCCAGAACAGUCACCUAGCUCUCAGGAAGAGGAAUCUAAAGACAAGAGCGCAUCAGUAUCACCACCAAUCAUCACAGAAGAUGCAACAAAAUACAGUGAUGGAGAAGAUUCUGUGAAGUCUGACAACCAUUCACAGAAAUCUAUCGAUUUGGCUUUGGACACAUCAAUAAAUAAGCCAUUUUCACCAACAAGUAGCAUCACAUCUCAACGUAAGCUUGAAUGGGACUCCUUAGCUGAUGUUGGCUAUGGUAAUGAAAGUGAUAGAAAGACAUCUGCUUCCAGUUUAAGCACUUUAGAAAGACUGGCUUUGAAGCAACAAUAUUCAAAUAAUGACACAAAAAAAGAAUCUGACUUAGGACCACCUACAGCUCAUUCUACAUUUCUUGAUCAAUCUGAAAAUAAAAGUAAGGGUAAAAGAGGCAAUACAAAAAAAACAUCUAUUCAUAACCGAGAUAUAGAUCUUGUUGAAGUUGAUUUACCUCAAAGCAAUUGUCACCAGGCAAUCAGUGUGAACUUGACAAAACAUAUAUCUUUUAAUGUUGAAAAAGAUGGAGUUGUUAGUCUUGGAAACAUUAAAAAAGAUUUGAGUGUUACACCAGAAAAGGAAAGUGAAUGUGUUGUUCAUGAAAGGAAAGAUCCAAACAACACCAAAGAUAAGACUGAUGCAAGCGUUACUCCAGAAAAUGUUGCUGUGGAGACAGAGGUCACACCACAUAUAAGACAUGACAAAGAGAUUCAAACUACUUUGACAAAAGACAAAGGAACUUCCAGUGCUAACUUAAAUACUAUGGUGAAACCGGUCUAUGUUCAUAAAGUGCCUGUUUUGAUUAACUUAAAUUCAUUAAAAAAGAGAAAUAAAAGAAGGAAACUUAAAACAGUUAAAAAGAGAUUGAAAAGUAGGAAAAAGUUAGAAGUUGAUAAAGAGAAUCUUCCAGCUCAAGAGAAAAGUGGAGCUCAAGUUUCUGAAGCUGAGAGUUUCGAAUAUAUGCCUGGUCAUAUGUACAAUCAGAACCAAAACAAUUUUAAUCAAAGUAACCCAAAAUUUUCCAGUUUUGCUGGCAAUAAAUCUAGCCUUGAGUCUAGUGGGGCUCUUACUACAGACUCCAGUAAAACUUCUAUACAUUCCUUUACCAAAGAUCUGAAAAAAAGCAUUGACUUGCUCAGAGCAGCAUUGAAACAUCGUUAUGACGAUUCAACUUUGAAAAAACAAUUGAUCAAGGAUGUUGUUAAAAGACUAAUCAAAUCUAAUUAUAGAGAUGAUGAUACUACAACUGAUUUUCUUUCAGGCUUGAGUUUUCACAGUAAAAAGAUAGGCCUUAGUGAAGGACAUACUACAACAUCUAGUAAUUCUGAUGGAAAUCAAACUAGAGAAAAAUUGCCAAAAAAAUCAAUACUGAGACUAGACAGAUUUAAUUCAAAUGUAUUAGCAUCAACAUCUCAAAGUGCUCCUAAUCUACCUGUAGCUUCUGCAAGUGAGAAGUCAAUAUUAUCUAAAGUACCUAAAGUGUUGACAUCAUCAAACACAGAAUCUGAUGUAUCAAGUGAAAAAAAGUCGUCAGAUGCUGGAUUUGCAAAGACAUCGUCAGAGGAAUUGUAUCAGAAGUAUUUAGUUGCUCUUCGAAGAGAAGAGACAUACAAGAGACAUUUGAAAGAUAAGGAAAAUUUCCUUAGGCAGAAGUUAGUCAGUAGUGAUACGGCCUUCAAAUUGACUUCACGACCUGAUUUGAAAGCCAAUAGUAAAUUACAGGAUUUGCUAAAAGAUCUCACCAGAAAUAAUUAUGAUGACGGAUCAGGCGAUGCAAGUAAAUUAGAAGGAGGAGGUAAUUCUAAUGCUAUUGACAAUGAACAUGGCUUUUGCAUUAAAAAUCAGAGGAGUCAUUCUGUGUUCACCCUCUCAUCAGCAAAUUCGGACAGUUGUCCUCAUAGAAAAAACAAUUUGAAAAAAAGAUUACAACAAGAAAUGAAAGAAUCUAGAGCUGGUAGCAGCAAAGAUGGACUUUGUCAAUGUGGUAAUCUACAUAUAAAAGGGCCUAAAAUUGAUGUCGCUGACAGUAGUGUACAAGUAAAUAUACAAAACACAAGUAAUGUCAGUUCUGUGGAACAGAAAAAGCAAUCGAAAAAUGAAGAAGAAAUAAAGUAUGUAUGUUUAUGUGCUGAUCAGAAUGUAGCUUCUCAAGGGAUACCUCCUAAUAUGUACAUAUACAAAUGCUCUCGAAUCUCUGACCAUACUCUCAACUCACAAUCAUCCGCCACAUGCAAUGUCCAAUGUGGCAGUACUGUUAAUACUACCAAUUACCGUCUCAAUCAGCCGUCCACUUCCAAAGAUAGAGAAGAUUGGAAUGACAAUAGGGGAAGAGCAAAUUUUGAUCCUUUUGCAAAUGCAAGACGUAAUAGUCAGCCUUGUCCAAGUAGCGUUAAUAUGGCAUUCCAUGUAAAUUGCCAAGGAGCUAAUACAUUAUCAUCAGAUAAUAAAAAUAAUUACAGAGUAACAUCAAAUAAAAAUGGAAAUCAAAAUAUUUUCGUACAUGAAGCAACCAGGUCUGUUCAAACUGAAAUCAGUAUAAAUACAGCAAUUUUAGAGCCAUGUUUGAGAGAUAUUAACAUCGUAAGUGAUACUGAUUGCUGCAGGGUGGUAAACGAAUGUUAUAAAAUGGUAUCGAAAGGGAAAUCUGAUAAUGAUUUUAAUAAUUCUCCUGAAUGUAGUGCAGAGGGCGAGAGAUCAGGGACAUGUGUAAUACAUGAAAAGCAUGUUGCUGCAAAAGAUUCACAAACAGAUUUCAAUCUAGGCAUCAGAAGUACUAUUUCUAGUAUAGCGAGGACAUUAGAAAAAGAGGUGCAAUCUGAUAUAGAAACUAAUGUUGAUAGGAUAUUAGAUAAAGGUGAAGAUAACUUUACUAUACCCAUUAAGGGAACUAAUAUGACGUUACUUGUCAGUAUUGGUGCGAAAACUAAUGAAAAUGAUCCGAAAAACAGUGACGACAAUUUGUGGGAACAAAAAACAUCUGUUUGUGAGGCUACUGCAACAGACAAAAUAAAUUUAGCUGAAAAAGGUACUUGCCUUACGGAAGAAUGUUCGAAGGGUGUUCAGUCUUCGGCUACACAAAUAUUUUAUCCAAAAGAUCAAACCAGAGUUAGUACUCGUCCUCGAUUCUCAGAAUUACCCUUUGUCCCAUUCAAAGAACAGAUUAAUUCUCUGAGAAAGACUUGUAUAAUUAAUACUUGCCUUAUUGAUAAAAAAGCGGACACAUAUCCUAGAACUGUUCAAAAUAAUGAACAAGAACCUAAACCCUUCACCCGCAGAAAUACAGACAAUGGCAAAUUUAUAACACUUUGUUACAAUACAGAAUCUACAAAAGAUGGAAAUGUAGACACUUUGGAUGCAGCAGCACCGAAUAUACCUGAAUGUGAAGAUAAUAGAGACGCCCCUUACAGCAGCCAGGAAAGCAAACACCUUACUGGAGUAUUUCCUCAAUUAUCAUCCAAAAACUCUUGUAAAUGCAAAGACCAGGGGGAGGCGUCGGAUGAGCCGGCCAGUUGCAAAUCAAGUUGCGAUAGCAGCAAAGAUCCUAUAGUCGACAUAAUUAAAGACAUAACACGACGCUAUUCAAAGAAAGAUGCUGAAAAGAACAAGACAAAGAAAUGUUUCAAGGAAAUUGUGACUGUUUUGAGUUAUUUAUUAGAUACUGAUGAUGGUGAGCAAGAUCACGUAGUGUCUGACAGCAGUACUUCACAAGACGCCGUUUGUCGCCAAAGUGUUGAAGCUGCUAAUAUGGAGAUGGCUGCAUGUACAAAGCCAAUUGAAAUGGUAGAUAAAGGCGUAAAUGUUGGGAAAUCCAAAGACAGAUGUUGUAUUACUGAAUCAUCAGAGUUGCCAUCGUCUACAGACACUGCAACUUGUGUUCUUAACAAGAUAAAAAAAGAAUGUGAGAAGUAUCAUCAAAAGAAGUGUAAAUCUCACGGAAAUAGGAAGAAAUGUGAUCCUUCUAGUAGUACGUCGAAUUGUAACCAAUGUCAGCGCAUACAUUACUGCCAUUGUCGGACACAUAAAUGUAAAGGCUUUAGACAAAAGGCUACAGAGAAAGUAAGAAAGAAAUGCCUGGCUUACAAUCUGAUAAUACAGACGUCUGACAGUGUGGUUAGCGACGAGCGUCCCAAUAAAAAUAGUAAACCUUUACAACAUAUUGUCGUGAAAGUUCCAAAGAAUAAAUUUUCUGAUAAUGUCCCUUUCAAGGAGGUGUAUGAAAAAAUUGAGAAAAAGAUUGGUAGCCCCCGCGGGUCCAUGUUCCGUUCAAGGAGUUGUCCGAAUGAGAGUGAGGUGUCCAGCGAGUGCAACUGUGCCCCAGAAGACUGCACUAAAAAGAGCAAAGAUUAUACUGUCAGAGACUAUUUGGAGAAAAACCGACCAGACUUCGUGGAGCGGAGUUCAGAUCGCCAGAACUGUUUGAAGACGAUUAGUGAGAAAAGAACAACAGAUGCGCGCUGCCUGCCAAAUAUGAAAAUGUUUUAUUAUCAGCCAUAUAAGGCUAUGGGAUCUAUGGAGGCUUACAAUGUGUGUUGCGGAGGUACGCUGCGCUCGAUUCAAAAUCCUUGCGAGCUUUGUCCGCCAUGUUUACCUCACGGCUGCCUAACACAUAAUCCCAUGCAUGUUAUGAGUGAAAUGACCAGAAUUGAGCAAAUGAACGCGCUGCCCAGCGGCAGCUGCUGUCGCUGCAACUGGAGCAACGGCCAUUGAGUGACUUCGCCGAGAUGGGUGACACGCGGCGUAAGAAAAUUCCCUCUAAAUUUAUAAGUGAAAAAGAAAUGAAGAAACAUUCGGAGAAAAUAUACAAAUCUUUGCCCGAAGUUGUGCAAAAGAAGGAGCAGAAGAAGAAAGAAAAUAUUAAAAAGACCAAUUUGCUGAUGGCUAAU